AUUCAGAGUGGUACCAGCCGGUUCAGCUCCAGGGUGUCUGGGCCAGAAGAGAGUGACCCAUUGGGCCCCCGGGUGGGAGCUGCUGCAGAAACCUCCCACCCGGAGUCCCCGUGGGCCACCUGUCAGCUGGGGGGAACUGUGAGAGACACCAGGAAUCUGCCUCCUGCUGCUGCCGUUGUUAGGGAAACAACCAGGGGCUGGGCUGAGUCUAGACCAGCCUCUGCCUUGCCUGGGAAAAGGCGGCUUUCUCCUGAAACCCGCGAUCCAUACGUGAAGCUUUCUUUGUACGUAGCAGAUGAAAAUCGAGAGCUUGCACUGGUUCAGACCAAGACCAUUAAGAAGACGCUGAACCCAAAAUGGAAUGAAGAAUUUUAUUUUAGAGUCAAUCCAUCCAACCACAGACUCUUAUUUGAAGUAUUUGAUGAGAACAGAUUGACCCGAGACGACUUCCUGGGACAGGUGGACGUGCCUCUGAGCCAUCUCCCGACUGAAGACCCCACCAUGGAGCGGCCCUAUACCUUCAAGGAUUUUCUCCUCAGACCCAGAAGUCACAAGUCCCGCGUGAAGGGCUUCCUGCGACUGAAGAUGGCCUACAUGCCCAAAAAUGGGGGCCAGGAUGAGGAGAACGGCGAGCAAAGGGACGACUUGGAUCAUGGCUGGGAGGUUGUGGAUGCCAAUGACCCCACAUCACAGCACCAGGAAGAGCUGCCACCCCCACCACUGCCCCCCGGCUGGGAAGAAAAAGUGGACAACCUGGGGCGCACAUACUACGUCAACCACAACAACCGGAGCACUCAGUGGCAUCGGCCCAGCCUGAUGGAAGCAUCGGCCGAGUCAGAGAGUAAUAUCCGGCAGAUCAACCAGGAGGCUGCUCACCGGCGCUUCCGCUCCCGCAGACAUAUCAGCGAGGACCUGGAACCUGAGCCUGGCGAGGGUGGAGAUGGCCCCGAGCCCUGGGAGACCAUCUCGGAAGAAGUGAAUCUCAGUGGGGACGCGCUCAGCCUGGCACUGCCCCCGCCACCCUCCUCCCCAGUCUCUCGGACAAGCCCCCAGGAGCUAUCUGAUGAGCUGAGCCGGAGGCUGCAGAUCACCCCUGACUCCAAUGGGGAGCAGUUCGGCUCUUUGAUCCAGAGGGAGCCGUCAUCCAGGCUGAGGUCCUGCAGCGUCACCGAGGCUGUCGCCGAGCAGUCGCAUCUGCCGCCGCCCAGCGCCCCUGCUCGGAGAGCACGGUCAUCCACUGUCACGGGCGGUGAGGAGCCAACGCCAUCAGUGGCCUAUGUUCACACCACGCCGGGCCUCCCUUCAGGCUGGGAAGAAAGGAAAGAUGCGAAGGGGCGCACGUACUAUGUCAAUCAUAAUAAUCGAACCACCACAUGGACACGACCUAUCAUGCAGCUCGCAGAAGACGGUGCGUCCGGAUCCUCCUGCAGCAGUAACAACCACCUAAUCGAGCCGCAGAUCCGCCGGCCCCGGAGCCUCAGCUCCCCAACAGUAACUUUAUCUGCCCCCCUGGAGGGUGCCAAGGACUCGCCCAUCCGGCGGGCAGUGAAAGAUACCCUGUCCAACCCCCAGUCCCCACAGCCGUCUCCUUACAACUCCCCCAAACCACAACACAAAGUCACACAGAGCUUCUUGCCACCCGGCUGGGAGAUGAGGAUCGCACCCAAUGGCCGGCCUUUCUUCAUUGACCACAACACAAAGACGACGACAUGGGAAGACCCACGCUUGAAAUUUCCUGUGCAUAUGCGGUCAAAGGCACCUUUAAACCCCAAUGACCUUGGCCCUCUGCCUCCUGGCUGGGAAGAAAGAAUUCACCUGGAUGGACGAACAUUUUAUAUCGAUCACAAUAGCAAAAUUACUCAGUGGGAAGACCCAAGACUGCAGAACCCAGCAAUCACUGGUCCGGCUGUUCCUUACUCCCGAGAAUUUAAACAGAAAUACGACUACUUUAGGAAGAAAUUGAAGAAACCUGCCGAUAUCCCAAAUCGCUUUGAAAUGAAACUCCACAGAAGCAACAUAUUUGAGGAGUCCUACCGGAGAAUCAUGUCUGUGAAAAGGCCUGAUGUCCUCAAAGCCAGACUGUGGAUUGAGUUCGAGUCGGAGAAAGGGCUGGAUUACGGCGGCGUGGCCAGGGAGUGGUUCUUCCUGCUAUCCAAGGAGAUGUUCAACCCCUACUACGGGCUCUUUGAGUACUCGGCAACGGACAACUACACACUGCAGAUCAAUCCCAAUUCAGGCCUGUGCAAUGAGGAUCACCUGUCAUACUUCACCUUCAUUGGCAGAGUGGCUGGGCUGGCCGUGUUCCAUGGGAAGCUUCUAGACGGAUUCUUCAUCAGACCCUUUUACAAGAUGAUGCUCGGGAAGCAAAUCACACUGAACGACAUGGAGUCUGUGGACAGCGAGUACUACAACUCUCUGAAGUGGAUCUUAGAGAAUGAUCCCACGGAACUGGACCUCAUGUUCUGCAUCGAUGAAGAGAACUUCGGACAGACUUACCAAGUGGAUCUAAAGCCCAAUGGGUCAGAGAUAAUGGUCACCAAUGAAAACAAAAGGGAAUAUAUUGACCUGGUGAUCCAGUGGCGGUUUGUGAACAGAGUCCAGAAGCAGAUGAACGCCUUCUUGGAGGGCUUCACAGAACUGCUCCCUAUCGACCUGAUUAAGAUCUUUGAUGAGAACGAGCUGGAGUUACUGAUGUGCGGCCUUGGGGAUGUGGACGUGAAUGACUGGAGGCAGCACUCAAUCUACAAGAAUGGCUACUGCCCCAACCACCCUGUCAUCCAGUGGUUCUGGAAGGCCGUGCUGCUGAUGGAUGCUGAGAAGCGGAUACGGUUACUCCAGUUUGUCACCGGGACAUCCCGAGUACCGAUGAACGGGUUUGCCGAGCUCUAUGGCUCCAACGGUCCUCAGCUGUUUACAAUAGAGCAAUGGGGGAGUCCUGAGAAACUGCCCAGAGCUCAUACAUGCUUUAACCGCCUUGACUUACCUCCAUAUGAAACCUUUGAAGAUUUACGAGAGAAGCUUCUCAUGGCGGUGGAGAAUGCACAAGGAUUUGAGGGGGUGGAUUAAACGCCCCCACCCCCCACGUCCAGGAGAGGGUGUUCGUCCAGCAAGCCCUGCUUGCAAUUUUGCAUUUGCCUAACAGACUGCAGCGACGCCGGCCGACGUUCGGCUCCCGGCAUCCCAAGCAGCACCUUCGUCAACGCUGCCACUUGCCCAAGUUCUGCCGCGAGAGCCCAGGCCUUGUCAUUGUCCCUGUAUUUUUCGCCACAAAUUACCAACUGGUUGACGUGUGCACUAAUUACAUUUCAGGAGGACUUAUCUAUUUAUGGUGUGCCUCUGUAGGCAGAGCCCUUAAUAAAUAUUUUACAUACUUUAUAAUGACAAUGGGAUUAAUCACUCAACAGGUAUAGUAUUACAACUCGUGUUUACUUUUUAAAAAUGAUUUAGACCGAUUUUUUUUUCAGAUUUUAUUUCAUUACGAUUAAAAAUGUCUCGUGUACUUGGAACAGAGAGCCUUAUUUUUUUUUUUUUCGGGUAUUUGAAUUUCCUAACCGGGGUUCAUGUCAGUGAUGUUCUUUUUGAAGUUCUUGACCAGCUCCCCGCAGCUUCUUCCUUGAUUCAGAUCAGAAGAAUCAAGGUCCCAAAACCUUCCACAGCUGAGAGCAUUUAGAUGACAAUAUUAGGUUCUCGUGAUCCUUCUUUUCCAUACUCCAAGAGAAUGAAUACAAACUGGAGACUUUGCUUUUUGUGUGUGUUCAAAUCCCGCCUCCUGGUGACAGGCCGAGGGAAUGGGAAAUCUCACCUGGCCGGAAAGGAAUCGCCCCAUUUUCCCGAUGGAGUCACCACACCCUCACCCUGCUGACACAGGCUGGUCUUUCCCACUGUACAGUCUUCCCUUGACCGCCUCACCUUUGCCGUCUGGCCAAGACGUGUGAAUGGCUCUUGGCCCUGUUAAACCUGGCUGUGUCUCGUCUACUGUUUGUACCUGUUCGAACUAUGGGCCCCAUGGCCAAUAUUGUGUUCUCUCUGCACCCACCCGGAAGGUACCUUCCGUGGUCCUGGAUGUCAGCCUGCCGUGUGGCCUUGAUUGCUUCUAAACGUUCAGUGUGUGAAACUCACGGCUUUCCUCUUUUCCUCACGGCCCAGCCUGCCCGCGAGGUGCCUGUUAAUGACCGUGACUGUGGCCGCUGGGGCAAACACCAGAACAUAAAACUGAGCCUCCAGACCUCAGCCACUCUUGGGCAGAAGUGCCCUCCUGCUGCCCUCGCCUGUCCUUUGCGUGUCGCAUGCUCCAGUGACCGUGCGUAUCAGCUGUGUCUUGUGUCCAGAUGAAAUAACAGAGAAGACCAGUCCCCAGCACUGAGAAAGGAGCAAGAGGGGCCUGCUCACUGGGGAUCUUUAUCAACUUUCCGUGGGGGGAUCCUGGCAUGUUUUGAGAGAGAACCUAAGGCAGGGGUACCUCAGGCAAACCUGCCAUCCUUUGUCACUCCCUAAUCUAGAUCAGCUGUGGCCAUCACAAGGCCAGUAGAGAAGACACAGACUGUAGUUUGGGGGCCUGAGUGUUCCCUCAGAAGGCACUCAGAAGGGAAGAGCUGGCUUGUGAGGUACUGUGAAUGCUUGAGACUGCCUUUGAGUUGUCUAAAGGGGUGCUAAGCCUCCCCAGUGUCUAAAAAAAGCGGGGAGGAAUUCUCUACAGAGCUAAGUGUGGAUAUACUCUGUCCCUGUUGAUUUUAAAACACCCAGUAGUGAUCAGAAAACGUAGAGGUUAAAACACUAGGAAAAGAAAAGUAUGUUGUUUGAUCCACUGAUGGGUUUUCUACCCACCAGUGUAUCAGCCCUCAAAAUUUCCUGUUGUGGCCCCCUCACUUCAGUCUAGCUUUAAGACCUGAACCAUGUCUGGCCACUCGGGCUGGUCAUUAUGGGGAGGCCCAACAAUUCUAACCUAAAAAGUGGGGCGUCUGUCAUUUGGUCAAGCUGUUCCAAAAAUCCAAAUAUUUACUCACCACAAACUAGAGAUUAAAGAAAAAAAACCCUUUGGGAGAUCAUUUGAGAGCUAGGAAUUCAUCCAGACCCACUCAUAAGUACUCCCUUUGGCCCUGACUUCAGCAAUCAUAAAGUUGUGCUGGGUUGAGGGCAGCCAUUUUUCCUUUUCAUCUAAAUCAGGUGCCCAAACUCAUGAUGAUUCUCUGUGUUUCUUUCUGUCCACAAUACUCAUGGUCUUGUUUGCUCUAAAUCCUGGCACUCACUCUCUUCUCUGUGACGAGAGCUCAGCUGCCCCAGAAAAAUUAUUUCCAGGUGUUGCCUAUCCCAUCAGCAGGCCUGGGGAACAAGAGAGUUCUCCUAGUCUAGUCCUUCUCAACAGUAACACCACCAUCCUAGGCCCCAGCAUCUCUGCAGCCCCUUUAAUCUUGUUCUCUGAAGGCCUCCCUGGGAGCUGAAGGCAGCUUCCAACUGCCUAACUGCCACUGGGCCCAUUCACACUGCCCCAGCCAUGCUGCCUGGGCAUCUCUCCUUGUGCCCCCUACUCGCUGGAAACUGCAUUUGGAAACUUCACCCUGGGCAGGAAGGGGGUUCCACUAUGUGUCCAGAGAACAUGGAGCUGCAGUUUGGAACUGUUUGGACACUGCAUCCAUUAGAAUACUUGCCUGUCUGCCUGGAGCUCAGCUCCUUCCUCUCUGCCAGAGCCGAGGAAGGAAGAUGAGCCUUCCUCGGCUCUGGAAGAUUCCAAGACGCAUCCCACUUUCCCUACCCUCCGCCCCUACCCGACUCUUUUAGGAGACAAAUGGUAAGAAGCCUUUGGCUUGAUUCAUUCUCCUCUUUCUCCUUCCCCUGCCCCAGAAUGCAGGAGGACUCUGUGAUUACAUUUCAUGGUGCCAGGGCAUUUUCAUCUGGCCAGUUCCAAACUGGUUGCUUGAAACCCGAGUUCAGGUGCCACCAAUUUAUGACUCAUGGUUCUAACCGUUACUUACUCAUUGUUUGACACCAGAUCUCUGGGAGUUUCCCCAGUCUUGGCUCACAUCUAAAACUUUGACUUCGAAGAGCUGGGAUUGACCAGCCUGGAGCUCCAUCAAUCUUUCUGCACCUCCAUCUUCCCUCCCUCCCUCCUGCCUCAGUGGGAAAAGGGAAGAUGCCACCUGGUGUCGCUUUCAACCUUUGCCAGUAGGGGGCACCGCUGUUCAGAGGGGAAAUGCCUGCCCCCCUUCCCGCCCUCUUGCCACCAGGACUUAACUGCUACCUCUGUCUCCUUGGGGCUCUGGGGUGCAUCCAACUAAGUCCUUCCAAAACUGCCAAUUUCAGAUCUGAGAUAGGUUAUUUGAUUUUCUUUUUGUAAUCUCAUCAAGUUCCCUUUGUACUUUAGAUUUCAAAAGCCUUCAGGGGUUGUGGGAGAUGUGAUAUUCUUUGGACCACGUUUUGUUUAAUUUAUCUACGCCUUAAUGAAACGAAUGAUGGCUAGAUGCCUAGAGUUACCCUCUGCCCCGUGUCCCAGUGUGUCAGAGAAAAUGCCAUGGCAUCAGGACCUGGGUUUGGAUCAUGUUUUGCAGACAAGGUCCAACACUGUUUGUGGGUGUGUCUUUUUCUGUUCAGAUCUGCCCUCGGUUAAGAAUAACACCAUGGCUGUGUAAAGUGCAUGUCUUUCUGUUGGUUGGUUUUCUGUGUGUAGGAAUCCAGCUCUGUUGGCCUCACCUGUGUGUUUGCAAGGCGGGAGCUGGUCGCCUGCCUUGGAACCAGAACCCUCAUCUCUGCACUUCUCCCCAAAUUGAUUGGUCCUUUCAGGCUCCUUUCACAGAGAUUGUUGUACCCUCCUUGUGAACUUGGCGUCGCUUCGGUUUCCCUUGACUCUUGUGUCUGUGAUACCUCUAAUAUAAGUGCAUCCGCGAUCCACUCAUACCGCUUUGUAUUCUAGGAGCAUUGCUGCUCCUUUCCUGCGAAAUCGGACUUCGAAAGACAGUGGGUGCUGAGUCUCCCCCCACAGUUUUAACCCUGCCGAGUCCUGAGCAUUUGGACCCCAAGGGCCCGAAAGAACCCCAGAAAGAUGAUGCUAUCGGCUAUCAUUUCUUAAUUCAGAAUUAGUGGUCAAAUAAAACAAAAAGGGGGGGGGGACCGACUCUUAAGGUGACAAGUUUCAAGCAUUCCAAAUGAAUUCUAAACAUUUCAUAACUUUUUAUUGUAAACCCACCUCCUAAUCGGAAUUCAAGUGCUAUUUGAUACAAUUACAAACCAAACGACUUUGACAUUUUUUUAAAGACAACUUAUGGCAAAUGCUCAUUUUCACAAUCUGAAAAGCUUUAAAAUAAGGUUAAAUUUGAUAUUCACAGGAAAUGCUUUGUUUAAGGACAAAUCCUUUCUGCUUUAUUUUUUCUUGAGAUCUCAAGAGAAAUUGUUGCUUGUUUUCCUGACAGCAAAAGCUUAAUGUCACCCAAUAAAUUCAUUGUAAGAAGUGAUACAACUUGUCAUAUAUUUAAUAAAGAUUAUGGAAGCUGGAA